AGCAACUGUUUGCACGGUGUCGUCGGAAACCCCGGCGAGGAGGUGGAAGGGGGUGGACGAUGGGGUUUCGACCCCACACACACGGGCGCCGAUGAUGCAAAGGAUUGGAAAUUUAUAAACCGUAGCUCGCCCCCAGCCUCCGCUUCACAUCAUAUCUCUCUCAUCACGUCUCCUCUGUGGACCCGCACGCAGCAUCCGUGCGUCACCGUAGCUCAGUCUAACUCGGUGGCUUGUAGCUGCUGAACCCCCGCGCCGGAUUGCGAUCAUUUCUCGGACUCCCCCGAAGGUUUUCUUUUCCUCAUUUUCACUGGGAUUUUCCCGUUCUGAACGCUGGUCAGUUUCUGCUCUGGGCUAGUUUCAACCCCCCCCCCAACCCCCUUCCCUCCUCGACAACCACUUACCCUGUGAUUGCAGCGGCUGCUUCCAACAGAUGACUUUAUUUAUCUCUCUUCUUUGAAAGAGCAUCGAAGGGACGAAUGUGAUAAAAAGGAAGAAAAGGCGCGCAGAUGGGAGGAUGUUUUGAAGGGGGGAACCGGUUUCUCCUGCCUGAUCUUAUCUGACCCCCCCCCCCCACCCCCGUCUCUCCUGUAUAUGGGAGUGCAUUAUCGGCUGGAAAGGCGUCGAACAAGCUGUAACAGUUUCAGACACUGACCAUGUCGGGUUGGCCUGCCCUACCCUCUCGGGGAAUUCUGUGGAGGAUUUUGUGGGUUUCUUGCAGUUUGCAGAACUGUUUCUGGGUUCUGGGCUGCCCGGGUAACUGUAAAUGUAAAAUCAGCCAGAUUUACUGCAAUCAGCCCGACAAUGUCACCAUCUUCCCGGUCCUGGAUUUGCAAGAGAUGGCGAACGUCACAGAAAUACACAUUGAGAACCAGAAAAGCCUUCAGACUCUGAAUGCUUUGGACAUGGAACCUUACACUGGACUGCAGAAUUUGACAAUCAUAAAUUCAGGACUGCGGUCGAUUGCGCCCAGAGCAUUUGCCAAAAAUCCUCACCUUCACUACAUUAAUCUCUCUGGCAAUCGGCUCACAAGCUUGUCUUGGCAGCCCUUCAGGACCCUCCAACUCUCCCAGCUGAUUUUGGUGAGGAACCUGUUCAACUGCAGCUGUGAAAUUCGCUGGAUCCAGCUGUGGCAGGAGACAGGCGAGGCGCAACUAGAACAACAGCAGCUGUACUGCAGAACAGAGGGGGCCAACAUCCUCAUCUCUCAUAUGAACAUCACACAGUGUGAGUUGCCAGAAAUCAGCGUGAGUCACAGUAACUUGUCGGUGAAGGCGGGAGAGGACGCGGUAGUGACUUGCAAUGGAUCAGGCUCCCCACUCCCUGAUGUAGAUUGGAAUGUCACCCACGUACACUCCAUUGGCAUCCACCAGACCAACAAUAACCUGACCACAGUCUCAGCUGUAAACCUAACCCUAUUUAACAUCGAUCCAGAGGAUAAUGGGAAACUGCUGACGUGCAUCGCAGAGAAUGUGGUGGGGAUGACGAAUGCCUCGGUGCUCUUGCACGUUUACUAUGCUCCUGACAUCGUGGAGCUGAAGGAGCCAGAACAGCGACAUAUGCACUGCAUUCAGUUUACAGUCUAUGGGAACCCCUUACCAAGCAUUCACUGGUUGCACCGGGGCCGCAAGCUGAAUGAGACUGACUACAUCAAAACUGAGGUGUACGACAAGGCAAAGGACUGGCUCGAUGGCUGCCUGCUCUUUGAUAAGCCCACCCACUAUAACAAUGGGAACUACACACUUGUCGCCGAAAAUAACUUGGGCAUCGACAGUGAGACGGUUUAUGCGCACUUCCUGGGUGUUCCCUUUCCUGAAAUUCUGGAGAAUCCCUUUUAUAUUCCAUCAUAUGAAGUGACAACAGGACCUCCCGUCAGUGUAACCCAUAGGCCCGAGGGAGAUACUUUUGGUGUUUCGAUCGCUGUUGGACUUGCAGCUUUUGCGUGCAUCCUCCUGCUUGUCUUGUUCAUCAUGAUUAACAAAUAUGGACGGCGUUCUAAAUUUGGAAUGAAGGGUCCCGUGGCGGUGAUGAGUGGUGAGGAAGACUCUGGCAGCCCUCUCCAUCACAUCAAUCAUGGCAUUAUCACCCCCUCGUCCAUGGACAUCGGACCAGAUGCAGUGGUUAUUGGGAUGACCAGGAUCCCAGUGAUUGAAAACCCCCAGUAUUUCCGGCAAACCCAUACCCUCGGCAAGCAUCCGGAGACAUAUGUACAGCAUAUCAAGAGGAGAGAUAUCGUUCUGAAGCGUGAACUGGGCGAGGGAGCAUUUGGGAAAGUUUUCUUGGCUGAAUGUUACAAUCUGAGCCCAACUAAGGACAAGAUGCUUGUGGCAGUUAAGACUCUGAAAGAUGCCACGGUCUCUGCAAGGAAAGACUUCCAGAGAGAGGCCGAGCUCCUCACCAACCUCCGGCAUGAGCACAUUGUGAAGUUCUAUGGUGUCUGCGUGGACGGAGACCCCCUCAUCAUGGUCUUUGAAUACAUGAAGAAUGGAGAUUUGAACAAGUUCCUCAGGGCUCGGGGUCCAGAUGCGAUGAUCCUGGUGGAUGGACAGCCACGAAUGAAAGGGGAGCUGACCAUCGCGCAGAUGCUGAACAUUGCCACCCAGAUCGCUUCUGGCAUGGUUUACCUGGCCUCACAGCACUUCGUGCACAGGGACCUGGCCACACGCAACUGCCUGGUCGGAGGAUCUGUGCAGGUCAAAAUUGGAGAUUUUGGAAUGUCAAGAGAUGUCUACAGUACCGAUUAUUACAGGGUGGGUGGUCACACCAUGCUCCCGAUUCGCUGGAUGCCACCUGAAAGCAUAAUGUAUCGCAAAUUCACCACUGAGAGUGACGUCUGGAGUUUUGGAGUUAUCCUGUGGGAGAUCUUCACCUACGGCAAACAGCCCUGGUUCCAGCUCUCAAACAACGAGGUCAUCGAAUGCAUCACACAAGGGCGUGUGCUGGAGAGGCCGAGAGUCUGUCCCAAGGAGGUAUAUGACAUCAUGCUCGGAUGCUGGCAGAGAGAGCCCCAGCAGAGGCUAAGCAUCAAAGACAUUCAUCAGCUUCUGCAAGCUCUGGGCAAGACCUCCCCCAUCUACCUGGAUAUUCUAGGAUAGUGGGCUAAGUGUUUCCGCCCCUCCUGAAUGUACUUAAUCCCAACAGUAAACUUUGGCUUCAUUUGGGAAAUUCAAAAAGUGAAGUGCCUGCUGUAUAUAAAAUGUACAGUUGUUUUGGAGGCGGUUUUCCUGGUACCUGCACCCAGAAGGUUGUUGCAAUGGAAAGGAAGUUUAGGUUCCAAACAGGGUCGCUCCAGGCUAGUGCAACCUUGGCACACCACAGCCCCCUUUCCGUGUGAAGGAGGACACAGAUUAAGAGCAGUGCAAAGUCCACCAGCUCAUUAAGAUUAUCCGACUUCCAAGUCUGAUUACCCAGGAGGGUUCAAACUGCUCCCUCAGCCUGCUAAAGCUCAAUCUGAAUUAAGGAUGCAGCCCCCAGGUCUACGCUUGCUUCAAUAGUUCAUCCGGUGAGCAGAUCUGCUGUGGAGCUGCCGUCCCUUUGCGGUGACUUCAGACCUGGACAGGAUUAGCCUCAACAGCGUUUGGAUGAUCACUCCAAGUUCUCUUCCAAAGGAUCAACAAUGUUUGGAACUUCUUAAACCUUUUGAGGGAAAUCAUAGUAUGGAUGUCUCUACAAACCUGAGAAAGUGCAGCAGAAGAGCUACCCAACCAUCUCUCUUGGGGGUACAGAGCUAAAAUACCCAGUGGUUAAGGCAGGUGCCACAAUGGUUGCAUACGUUCACAAAUCGCUUGGUGUAGAUUGAAUCCGCCUGCUGUCCUGGCCAGUUCUAUGUACCUUUUGUCAAUCAACUGUUAUUUUAAAGUUAUUGUCAACAAUCCAAGUUGUGUGCUACAGUUAUGAUGCUUUAAAUAGCUAAGUGCAUUAUCCAUCUGUAUAUUUAGACACAAAUGUUUUCAUUUUAUUUUUAUUUCUAUGCUAUAAAACUCAGCAAAGUUUUUUUUCUAAGAAAUAGAAGUGAACUCCAUAUUAAUAUUGUGGAGGUGAUAAUAGGUUACACUUUUCUUUUCCUGUAUGACAGGUCAUAGAGUAAUGAGUCACAGACAUGUCCUGCUUCAGGAAGGGGUUUCCAAAUGAAACUGUUGUCCUCCAAGUUACCAGUAAAGAGUCUGUAGAUGUGACAUGCAUUUGAAAUACAAUGGAGAUUUUUUCUGCAGAUUCUGUGAUUAUCCUGGAGUGAUGGUCAACAGUUGAAGCCAUAUGGGACUGUCUUGCCAGGUAGUUUGGAGCCCAUCACCCAUUGCCACUAUCUGUAGCCAUCCUUUGAUUCAUUUGGUCCUUGGAUGAAGCCGCAAGCAGCUCUGUGGAAGGAAAAAGAUUUUGUGAUCUAGCCAAAAGAACUUGGGUUGGGCCCCACCAUUUUUUCACCGUGGUUGGAAGCAAGAAAUCUCCUCAGCAUAACAAUAACGUUGGUCUUUGCAGCAUAAGUUCACUGAGUACCAUCAAUGAUCACCAAGCUGGUCAACUGCUUCUUCAAGGGGAAGACUUGCAGAGGAAACAAGUGUAAAUUGAGGGAAGGCUCAGAUUUCACAGAAGCAACUUCUAUCUCUUCUUUCUGAUUGCCAGUUGGCAGUCUAGAGAUGAACAAUGGUUGUACUGAGUACUAAUCAGAUGUCAAAAGCUGUGCCAACUUUAAAUCUCACCAGGAUGUGUCUAAGUUCAAAACUGUGCAUCAGAUGUUGGAGUCCUGAAAUGGGCUUUAAGUUAUGGAGGGUUUCUCAAAUGUUGAGCUGCGCUGUUUUAUUGCUCCUGUAUAUUUUGUUGGUCAUUUUCUACCAAGAAAUAGCUGUGCUCUGAUAAACUUAACAAGUGAAGGACAGAGGCCAUAGCACAGAGACAAUUGAACUGGACUUAAGUAAUGGCAAAGAGUGGGAUUAGCAACCUCAUCCUCUAAAUCUUCAAAGAUGACCCAAUUUCUCACAUUCAGAAAGCUUUUAACCUCAUGUUCUACGAUUCACAUUUAUGCUAAAAUGGAGAGACAAUGAAGCAAUGUUCACUCUGUGAACAUAGAAUUCCACCAAACUAGCAAAUUGGACAAAAGAUGGGAAAAGAAAUAAAAGUCUGGAAGCCUACUUGGACAACGCUCUGGCCACUGAAUCUUGGCAAAUAUGUCUCCAACCUUGACAUGGAGCAUCAUGUGUGCCAAUUCAAAAACGUAAUCUGGGAACAAGUUACAAGUGGCAGUGAUUAACAGUAAUCAUGUGACCUGUCAAAAGCCAAUCAGAGAUGCUGAAUUAGACAGUGCAUCCCAAAUUCUCUCUCAUUUGGCUUGUGUUAUCGAAAGACUUGACAGCAUUCCAUUAAGAUCUGUAGAUGCUGAGGAGCUGAAGAAAAUGCCACAUCCUUUAUGUUUUUAUUCCAGAGCCACCUUUAGUUUUUUUUUGUUGUGAAAGGGAAGCAAGCCGUUAAUAGUAUUUUUUUUCUUGUUGCCAUGUAUAUGCCAUUCACCUCCAUUACUCCCUGAACCAAGACUGAAAAUGAGCUGGAAAGAAUUGAUGCCAGAGUGUCUAACACUUACCAAGUGCAACUUUGGACAGAUUUGCCAUCCUGGGAAUUAAAAUUAAUUGGCCUGGCAAAGACGCGGCAUUGACACUGAAGAUGCAGUUAAGGCCAGCUCAGUCGCUGACGUAUGAAAGUAACAAGGAGACCAAAAUACCUCUGGUAUAGCAAAUCACAAAAAAAGUUUUGGGAAGGACUUCUCUUGGUCUGUAUUGGCUGAGCUGUAUUUUGCAAACAUAUUUCAAAUUGUGUUCGAAUGACCGGAGAAAAUCUCCAACAAAGUGUUCACAAUAUAACACCAAAUGUAUACCUCAAGAUCUCAGUACAUCAUGAGGUGCCAUGCCUGAGGAACAGUUAUGUGUCAGCAGAAAAGUCAGUGUUGAGAAGAAGUGAUCCGAUGUUUAUUUAAUGCAGAGCUUAGCGAGCCAGGAGUGUGGACAAUAACUGUCUCUCAUUUAACUUUUCCCCCAGCUGUCUGUCAGGUCUGUCAUUGACUAAAACAGUCCCCACGUGAAUUUACAAUGACAUGUGCAAAUCAAAUAUUGCAUUUCCCAGAUAAGCAGUUGGCUGGGAUGCUCAUUGAAGACUCAUUAAUUAAAGACCCCAUUGUCCUAUAUAGGCUGAAAUCUGACAACAUAUUCCAUCAUCUGCCAUCUGGCUGUUUCUCUGUAAAUCUAAUUCUCAUUAAAAGCAGAAAAGUCAAAGUUUUGAUGAGUAAACCUUAAAAAAUGUACUUUUGUAUUACGCACGCUGCUGAUUCUGUCCAAGGGUUAACAAAACUGUGGAUAUAAAAAAAAACUAUUCAGGCUUUCACUGAUCUGUGGGAACAAUGGAUACUUGUAAAGGAAGGGCUUCACAGUGUCAUAAAUCCAAAGCCUGUUGACACUCACUAAUCAAUAAAUAACUGAGUUAAAAAAAAGUGAGUAACUGCCCCGUAACUCGGUUCUAAUUAUUUUGAUUGCUUCCAACAAAUCUCAUCCUUAUAACUAAAGUAAAUCUUAGUUAUUCACAUGAUUAAUAGGCCAUCCCAUGUACAUGAGGGGAUGAUGGAAACAGAAUGUAUGGUUAAUGUUCACACAGCCGGCAAGCUAGUUAGAGGAUUACUUCUUUAUUACAUCCAACUUUUAGAAUAUUGGUGUGUGAUGAACCAGGAAACACUUGAUAGCAGCCACAUCAAUUGGUUUGGGACAGCCAUCACUUUCAACUCUCAACUCUGCUACUUCCUAGGGAACAGUAUUUCAGCUAACUACAGAAGUCUGUAACUUCUGAAAGAGUUGCUUUAAUACUUAGAAAGAGUUGCUUUUUGGGAUGAUGAGAUUGUCCUUUGAGGAGAAAUUAACAAAGUCACCCAAAGCGGUGCGAGAUGAUCCAGUUCUUGAAAGGGUUUACAAGGAUAGUUGCUGGGAGAAUCAUUCCCUUGGCUGGCGAGAUUAAGAAUUGGUGGUCUAGCUCAGAAUAAGCAGGGAGCUGUUUGGAACUAAGAUGAAUGGAAGCUUUUUCACCCAAGGGGUUACCUUUGGAUUUCUUCCUAACCUAGGGGGAUGCACGUCCUUAGUCACUAAGUAGACAACUGAUUUAUAGAUGCUAAGGAACUCCACAAAUAUGGGAAUGAUAUAGGAAGGUAAAAAUGAGUUAGAUGAUUAGCCAUCUAAUCAUCUGAAUGGCAGAAAUGGCUUGAUGAACCAAAUGGCUCACUACUGAAAUGUUUCUUGUGUUUUUAUUCCAACAUGAAAACACUAACCUAUUGUGCAUUGUCACUUCCUUCCACCAGUACUGCUCACUGCCCGUUCCAUUCAGGCAGCCAAUACUCCUGCUAUCUUUACGCUCUGAAAUUGUCCCUGCAAUCCCCUCUUACUCUACAAAUAACAGUCCUACCUUAAGACAGUUCUCUUAGAUCAAGCUUUUGAUUUCCCCUUCUGAUAUUUUCUUAAAAUCCAUUUAAUCUGAUUCUGCCCCUGUGAAACACCAUGGGACAUCUUUCUAUGUUAAAGGCUCUAUAUACUUGCAAGUUGUUGAUAAUGAUUUAUGCAAGUGAAUUAUAAAGUCACAUGUGAGCAUGAGACCAUUAGACAUUCUAUCAUUAUUAUCAGGCCAUGUCAAAUAAAAUCAUUCAAUUUCUCCUCGCUGUCAUAUUGAACCUGAUCUCUUUGUUUUCUGUUUCCUCAUGAUUUCUUCACUCAUUAGUUGUGUCCUUCUCCAACUCUCUCUGUAAGAGUAACAAUGCAGUUAGUGUCUGAAGCCACUGUUCAGAGCAGAAGGAUGUAGGGUACUCAGCAAAAUAUAUAGGAAGCUCCAGAGAGGUCCAGGGUUCACUUAAAAUGAUACUGCAAUUGAACUAGCAAUAUGCUUAAAAUUCGUCAUCUCUCAGCUACACAUUAAAGUUUAACUUUAAUUAUCACAUAUAUAUUGGAACAUACAGCAAAAUGCACCACUUGCAUCAUAGCAGAUAAGUGAAGGAUUGUGAUUGUGUCACUGCCAACACCAAUAUAGCAUGCGCACAACUCAUUCACCAUAACUGUAUGUCUUUGGAAUGUGGGAGGAAACUGGAGCACCUGUGUGGACAGGGGCUGAAAGUGCAAGCUCCUUGCAGACUGGCAGAAAUUGAAUCUCAAUCUUAAGCUGGUGCUGUAACACUAACCACUAUGCCACAGUGCUGCCAAGUAUUUCAGUGUCCAUGUAUUAAACAAAAUUACUGCUUCAAAUGUGAACUUUAUAUCAUAAUUGAGAUCACAGUGGGAAUACUUGUUCCAAUUAUUUAUGUUGUGUGAAUAUUGCUGGGAUAGUCACCAUUUAUUGCCCAUCCCUCAUUGCACUUGAGAAAGUGGUGAUGAACUGUUGACUCCUUCUGGUGAAUAUACUCCCACAAUGCCGUUGGAUGGACUGUUCCAGUACUAUGCCCUAACAACAUAGAAAGAACAGUGACAUAUCUUAAAUGUAAUUCAGCAGGGAACUUACAGAAGUUGGUGUU